CUAUCACGUGAUGCUCAGCUAAUUUGAAGGAACUAAGGCAAUCAGAGGUACAUAAGUUGUUCUUGUCUCUUCUCCCGGUAUGAUUUGUUAAUUUGUACGCUACGGCGAAUCAGAAUGUCUAGCAAGUCAACGUUUCUAAAAGUUGUUCUGCUCGGGGAUGGCGGUGUUGGAAAGUCUUCGCUGAUGAACCGAUUUGUAAGCGGCAAGUUCGACACGCAAUCCUUCCACACAAUUGGAGUGGAGUUCUUGAAUAAAGAUGUGAAUGUCGAAGGACAGUCUUACACCUUACAGAUCUGGGAUACAGCUGGCCAAGAAAGGUUUAAAAGCUUAAGGACGCCUUUUUAUCGGGGAUCAGACUUGUGUUUGCUUGUUUACGCCGUUGACGAUGUUCAAAGCUUCAAAAAUUUAGCAAUGUGGCGGAAGGAAUUUCUGUAUUACGCUGAUGUGAAAGACAAGGACACCUUUCCGUUUAUUCUUUUGGGAAAUAAAAUUGACGUUGACGGGAGGGUUGUGACGCAAGAAGAAGCGCAUAACUUUUGUCAGGAGAUCGGUGGAAUUCCUUACUACGAAACAAGCGCAAAAGACUCGACGAAUGUGGACAAUGCCUUCCAUGCAGCCGUCAAGAGACUGAACGAAUUGGAACAAACCAAAGCAAAAAGUGAUUUCUCUGCCACUGAGGGAGUGAAUUUAUCUAGAGUUACUCAGAGAGAAAGUUCAGGUUGCUGUGAAUAGUCUGGUGAUGUUUAGUUUUUAACAUUUAUUUCUAUUUUACUUAAAAUUAAAAUCGGAUGUUGAAUAUAUGGAGGCGUCGAAUGGUUGAUGAACAUUUCCUUAUCUCGGUUUUCAUUUUGACGAUACUGAUGCAUACAAAAUGUCCAAUUCAUGUUCGCAUAUAUUUCCUUCCUUUUCGACCUUUUCAAUAGCAGAUGUAAGGGUGAACUUGGGGAAAGGCUCUGGGAAACUCAUUGAGGUGGUAAAAUUUAGCCUUUCAUUCCCAAGAUCUUAUUGAAAAUCCUCCUUGCUUCCUGCCAUACAGUUCCUAUGAAAUUAGUAAUGAGAAUUUGGUAGAGGAUUUACUAAUAAUUUUCCUGAUUGAAUUUUUUUCACUUUGUUCUCAUCACUUGUCUGUUUGAUUUUGUGUUGAUUUUGUUAGGAGAAUUUUUUCUCUCGAUCACUUAUGGGAGUUGAAGGGUUAAGAAGGAAGGUUAUGAUUAGCUUGCAAACAUGCUCUUCAAUUAGAAAUAUUACUGGAGACUUAGAGGCUUAAAGUAAAGAUGGACAAGAAAUGAAAAGUAAGUGAUAAAAGCCUUUGUCUCUCACACAACUCUUAGAUGAAGGGCCUGGUUACAGGCAGUAGGAUGAUUGAGAUUAGGUUUUGUGAAGGAAAAAAGAUAUAUUACUGGUGCAAUCUGAAUUUUGUUAAUCUUGCCAGAUAUUGAUAUAGACUCAGGUGUCUAGGUAAAAAAAAAGAUCAUGUUUUAACAAUGACAGAAAAUUAAAAAGAUUCAGUGAGCUAGGAAAUCUGGAGUUUGAAAAGAAUGUUGAAAAACUUACCCAUAAAGAUUGGUCGACCUUUGAACUGCCUUAGAUUUGAUUGAUAAAUUUUCAUUUCUAGCUGCUAUAGAUUUCCUUGUAAAUUGGUAAAGAGAAGUAUUUUGCAUAUCAAGAUUACAUCCUCAUUUUAUCAGCAAGAACUGUUUGCUUAAAAAUGUAGUUCACUGCAUAUGAAUCUCUUCUCAGGGUUUAAGAUAGAAUAAAAAAUCAUGUUGAGUCUGUCUAUGAAAGAGACGUAUUCCUGUUUAAAUCAACUUUUUUUCUGUAAAAUAACUCAAAAAUGUCUUGACUUUUGUCCCAAAAGACUGAAUACAUUGAAAACAAUAUUUUAGUAAGUUAUCAAUCACACAAAGCGGAUGGUUUGUAUUUCUUUUGAUCCUUCAAGAAAUUAUCUCAAAUAUAGGCAAGUUUCAAGUUAUCAAGAAUAUUUUGCACUCAGGUAGUUAUUUAAAUUGUCUGGAACAGAAAGGUGUCUGCUUUCCCAGGUUAUGUCUAUGAAGCAAGCUAAUGAAUUUAAUGAUAGUGCUUCAAAUAAAUUGUAAUUAUCUGUGUUGUCAUGUCAUCUCAAAAUCUCAUAAAACAGUAAUUAGUGAUUAAUAUAUUCAAAUAAAAGUGAUUUAAAUAAAGUAAGUUCUAUUUUAGAAAUAAUGGUAGAUGGUAACUGUUACUUCAUCAUCAGAUAGUCUAAGUUACAUGUUAAAGUAGAAGUGUAAAUCAGAUAUGUAUGUUAAUGAGGAUGCACGCAGAUGACAAGAAAAUAAAAGCAACA